AAGUUGACUGACUAGUUGGCAUUGGGGGUGUGUCAAAUGAAGUGCACAGAUGUUUGUCAGUACUGAGGUGGUGCAUGCUUGUCAUACCUUCAGUCGAUCGCAGCUCCUGCUGUCAAACCAUGGACCACGGGCAACAGACAACGCACAACUCUGGCUCCGGUGGCCAUUGCCGGCUAAAAUUAGUCGACUUUCAGGUGCAUGAAAAUCACACUUCUCAUGAGACAGAGGGCCUCAGCCAAAAGCUCCUGGUGCUGCGACGUGGGAAACCAUUCAGAGUCACUCUGCUGUUUCGUGACCAGUCAUGGAAUCCUCAUGCGGAGAAUCUGGUCCUGCAGGUCAUCCUAGGCCAUCUGUCACAGAAGAUCCUAGUCCGGUUCACUGACAAACUGCCCAGCAUCUAUCACUGGUCAGCCACAGUCCUCUCAGGUCACGUGGAUCUCAUGGCUGUCACCAUCAAUGUCUGCUCUCCUGUUUUCUCUUCGGUGGGCCUGUAUAAGCUCCUGGUGCACAUAGAGUCCAGACGGGGACGGAGGAGCUACGCAGUGGGGUCAUUUGUGCUGCUCUACAACCCUUGGCUGAAAGGAGAUCCAGUGUACAUGCCGCAAGAUGCCCAAUUACAAGAGUAUGUCAAGAGCGACUAUGGGCUGGUGUACAUGGGCACCAACAUAAAUGUCAGUGAGCGCCCGUGGUCGUUUGGACAGUAUGAACCCGGGGUCCUGGAGGCCUGUCUGCAGCUCCUGCAGAUCAGCCCACAGCACCUCGACGACCAAGACCAAGACUUUAUAAGACGAGCGGACCCCGUCUACCUCAGCAGGGUGGUGUGUUCUAUGGUCAACAAUGAUGAUGACAUGGGGAUUCUGAUGGGGAAGUGGCAGGGCAGUUAUGAGGGUGGUGUUAACCCGACAGCGUGGAGUGGCAGCGCUGACAUCCUUCACCGCUGGGUCUCAUCCAAAUUCAAGCCAGUGUGCUUUGGACAGUGCUGGGUCUUUGCAUCCGUCCUCUGCACAGUAAUGAGAGUGCUGGGGAUUCCCUCCAGAGUGGUGACUGUUUUUAAUGCAGCCCACGAUGGUAACGCCAACAUGAAAAUUGAGGAGUUUUACUCGUCUACUGGGGAGAAGCUCAACCUGUCAAAGGACAGCAUUUGGAACUUCCAUGUAUGGGUGGAGAGCUGGAUGCGAAGACCAGACCUCGGUGAAAGGUUUGAUGGCUGGCAAGUAGUGGACCCAACCCCACAAGAGAAGAGCGCUGGGGUUUAUGUCUGUGGCCCUUGCCCAGUAGCUGCUGUUCAGCAGAAAGUCUUGCGUGCCCAAUAUGACACGCCGUUCAUCUAUGCCUCUGUUGAUGCUGAUGUGGUUCGGCUGAUCGUGCGCCAAGGAAUGGUGGUGGGCAGGACGGUGGACACCCUGUGUGUGGGGCAGCUGAUCUACACCAAGAGUGUUGACUCGGACGAUCCGAAGAAUCUGACGGACACUUAUAAGUUAACACGACCAGUAAGCACGAGGAUGUGCACCAGGUCAUCAGGUGAAGUCAGUGGAAGAGAAGGACCAAUGGCCAUGAUGAUGUGCACCAGGUCCUUAGCUGAAGUCAGUGGAAGAGAAGAGGAUUCGACAUCUGUUCUGGACGUGUCCCUGAAAAUAGAGGGCAAACCAACAGUGGGCGAAAGCAUUCGCUUGUGCAUAAAUAUCAAAAAUAACACAUUCAACAAGAAGGUCCUGAUGGAGCAUGUCAACGCUCAGAUUAAAGAGUACAACAGCAGCCCACAGGAGAGCUUCUGGAAAGUCCACCAAGAGGUGCACAUGAGUCCAUCUGAAGUGUUGACACUCCGUCACACCAUCCCUCCAUCCGAGUACGAGUCGUUCGUGUCGUCUGACGACAUAGUGAAUGUUGCAGUGGUGAUGAAGGACAUGGUGACUGAAGAAAGAGUCCUGGAGACACUGGAGUUCAACAUGACUUCACCAAAGAUAACCAUAGAGGUCGAAGGAGGGGACAGCAUCCAGGUGAGGAUGGAGCAUACAGCCCGCGUGUCCUUCACCAACAUAUUUAGCAAGGCUCUGAAUGGAGCUGUGCUCACUGUGGAGGGAUCUGGCCUGUUAAAGGACAAACAGGUAGAGAGACUGACUUGUCUAAAGCCCGGUGAGAAGAUUGAGAAGACAGUGUCCUUCACGGCCAAUUCAACCGGCACCAAAGUGCUGAUGUCCACAUUCUCACACGACGGAAGCCCCACUGUCGUUUCCAGGGGUUUCCACAAAGUCAAAGUCACGGCUGCAUCAUAAGGAGAAGACAAACAGUAUGUCCUUCCAAACAUGUUAAACCUCCUGACUACAUAAGACCAAUCAAGCCUUUGGGACCAGUGAUAUCUUUACACUUACUAGCCUACAAUGCUUUGUGAUUUUUCUUCUUCUGUGAUUAUUAUCAGCAUUACUGUUUUGGCGUCUCAUGCUCAAAUUGUUGUUUGCUUGAUUGAGCUCGAAGCAUGACACUAUCAGACUCGUACAGAGGUGUGUUUGCAUGUGCCCUAAAUGUACUCGCACCAUCCACUUAUAUAAAAUCCUCUGUCCUACUGAUUAUGAAACGUAUUAAUGUCAAAUGUAAAUGGACAAUCAAGUAUCUAAAUAUUUAAUUCAAGUUGUAUCGGAAGCCCGCAGCCAAGAGAAAAGGAAUUGGGCUUGUAACUUUAGGGUUGCUGGGUAAAAUACCAAGGGUAGUGGUGCCCCUAAGCAAGGCACCCAAUCCCCCAUUGCACCCUGGGUGCAGAUAAGUGCUGUCCAC